GCUGCAGCCCAAAAUCUCUCAUAGAAUUUCACACUUUUAGAAUUACAGCUAUGAAUUUGUUUUUUAAUUUUUGGAAAAUUCUAUAAUAAAUAAAAAUAAUUCAAUUUCAUCAUUGUGAUCACCCUUUCCCCAAUUUUUGUUCAAAUUAGGGUUUUUCUCCGAAGAAUCAGUUGAAUUACGAAGAAUCAUGGGAGGUCAUGGAGGGUUGAACAUCCUCCCACAAAAGCGGUGGAAUGUUUACAACUACGAGAAUCGAGAAAAGGUUCGGCGCGAUGAGGAAGCUGCCGCCAAGGAAGAGCAGCUCAAGCGCGAGCAAGCCCGGAAGCGGGAUGCGGAAUUACGGCUCGAGAAGCUCCGGCAAGCCCGUGGCUUGUCGACCGGAGGCUCAGUCGUCCAUGGAGAUGACAAGCCAGCGUCUGCCUCUGUACAGGCUGAAUCUGUUCCCGAAGAACCCGAGAUAUCGGAAUCUGGUUCCAAGCACAUAAAUUUGUUCGAAGGGAUCAGGAUCUUCGACCCUAUUAAAGCUGGUGAUGGGAAAGGAGAUGAAAAGAAAGGGAUCUUUGGUAGUGAUAAUAAUAGGAAUAAGAAGGUGAAGAGGGAGGAGGUUAGGACUGUGGGGCCUGAGGAUGAGAAAUAUAGGUUGGGGUAUGGGGUUGCGGGGAAAGGAACGAAGUUGCCCUGGUAUAUGGAGAAGAGAGUGGCUGAUGAGAAAAAUGUCGAUGAGGAGUAUGAUGAUAUGAAAUUUAAGGAGAAGAGAAAGAGUGGUGGGAAGAAGACUAUAGAGGAGUUGAGGGAAGAGAGAUUGAAGAGAGAGAGGGCAGAGAAAGAGAGAGAAAGGGCUUUGUUAAUGGCGAAGUCCAAGAAAGAAGGAGGUUUUUCUUCCAGGAGGAGAUGAGGAGAACUGGAAGCUUAUUUGGUAUUGGCCUCACUAGAGGAUAAAGGUUGGAAUAUUCACAGCCUAGUAGCUGCUGUUUCAACUGCUUCAAAGGAUUUAUGCUUAAACAAUUGUUUAAGUUUGAGUGAAGAUACGAUCUGUUAUAUAAAUGUAAAAUGCUGGUGCGGAACAUACUUGUAAAAACUGAUGAUGGUCCUCUGCUCCAGAUGCAUCUUUUUCUCUUAGAUGUGCAUACUGGAUCUGACUUUUCCUAUUGGAAGUUACUUGGUUCUGAUAAUUUGCAUUAUUCCGAAGGCAGCCUUUCUGGCAUUUGGCUCAAAGUUGAAAGCUUUUCUGGGUUCUGGCUUUUCCAGUUAUAUUCCUUUUAAAUAAUAAACUCAAUAUUUGCCUA